CGAGCUCCUCGCGCACAUUUACAGGGUCAAGAGCUGUAGGACUGUGAUAAUGUUCUCGAGACUCGUCAGCACAUAAAGGCGAGGGCUUCUCCUCCUCCUCCUGUCCGCUUCCCGAGCUCUAUUUCUGGAUGUAUUUUGGCGGAAACAGAUUGACCGGUAGAUCCUUCAGUCUUCAGCUUCUGACCGGAUGUCCCCGAUGGAGGGCGAGUUACUCCCACAGGAAAGCAGAAUCUAGCAGACGUCACUUUGGAUCCAAUGCUGAACAUCUCCAUGUCAGUCGCAGCCGAUAGCUGCGAGGGACGCUAUAAGAAUGUUUCGUAUUUCUACUCCAUUAGAAACAAGAACAUCAGUGCAGAAUGGAAGACACGGGACUUCGUGGUGGUGGGACUCGGAGUCCCCGUGUGCAUCUUCAUCCUCUUCGCCAACCUGCUGGUGAUGAUGGCUAUUAUCGUGAACCGGCGCUUCCACUUUCCCAUCUAUUACCUGUUAGGUAACAUGGCGGCGGCGGACCUGUUCGCCGGCAUCUCCUACCUCAACCUCAUCUUCCACACGGGGCCGUGGACCAUAGGGCUCACGCAGAACGAGUGGCUGGUGCGAGGAGCGCUGAUCGAGAUGAGUCUAACGGCGUCCGUGGUCAACCUGCUGGCCGUGGCAUGGGAGAGACACCAGAGCAUCUUCACCAUGCAGCUGCACAGCACCAUGUCCAACCGGCGCGUGCUGAUGUUCAUCGUAGGGAUCUGGGUCAUAGCCAUCAUCAUGGGUCUGGUCCCCACUAUGGGCUGGAACUGCGUGUGCAACCUUAAGGCCUGCUCCACCGUAGCGCCGCUGUACGCUCGCAGCUUCCUGGUCUUCUGGGCUGUACUCAACCUCAUCACCUUCUCCAUCAUGGUGGCCAUUUACACUCGCAUCUUCAUCUACGUGCGCCGGAAGAGCCAGAGCACGCUGCCAUACAUGCUUAACGUCAGGCAGAACGACACACUGGUCGGGUUGAUGAAAACCGUCUCCAUGAUUCUGGGUGCCUUUGUGAUCUGCUGGACCCCCGGGCUGGUCAUCCUGCUGCUGGACGGUUUACAGUGCACAAGCUGCCAGGUGCUGAAAUACGAAAAGUACUGCCUGGUCCUGGCCGAGUGCAACUCCCUGGUGAACCCCAUCAUCUACUCGUGUCGCGACGAGGACAUGAGGAACACAUUUAAGCGCAUCCUGUGCUUCCUGUGUAGGCGGGACCAGGAGCAGGAGGUUGAGCCCAGUAACAUCUACUCGGACACUUUGAAAACGGACGGGCUGCUGACAGAGAAAUACUCGGACAACGGCAACCACAACCACAGAGAGCGCAUAUCAUUCUGAAAGCUGGCCUUCUCUUAGUCAGAAAGACCGUAUCAUGCCGAUCACGUCCCCUGAACAAUACGAGGGCUAGUAAAUGUAGCAGAUGGUCAGAUUUGUACGUGUCGCGUCUGAGCAUCUAAUGCCACGGUUCUCAACCACAGGUCUGGUGUUGAGUCAGGAAUAAAAUCCUCCCUGGUUAUUUUUCUAGAACAGAACAUCCUGCAGUGUUUUGUUCCUCUUCCACCACAGCAAUCUGAUAAUGUAGUAUUAACACAGCGUACGUUAUAACAGCCAUAAAACCCUCAUGUCUGAUCUCCUCACGUGUCAACAUAUCAAACGCCACCUCCGUCCUGUCAUCGAUAACGAAUCGACCAAUCGGAUUUGAGAAUUGAACAGCGCUGUGUCGUGUUAAAAUAUAAUUUAUUAGUAGCUGUAAAGGAAAUUAUGCCACUUCUAAUCACUUUUAUAUUUUUUUUUUGUAAAAAGAUAUAUAUAAUAUAGAUAGAUGGAUAGUGUGUGUGUGUGUGUGUGUGUAUAUAUAUAUGUAUAUAUAUAUACACACACACACACACACACAUCUCUAUCUCCAUCCUUUUUUUUUUUUGGUCAUCUCAGGAUAAGAUGCUCCUCCCUUUGAAUUUAAAUAAAUAAAAAAAAAGUCAAGACUUUGGCAUGUGUAAUGUUAAAACUUUUGUAAGUCCAUACGGAGUUGGACUCUUCUAUACUACGAUCGCAGUAAUCUCUCUUGCCCCGGUCUCGUCGUGGGCGGAGUCAUCGAUGUGGUCACCGUAGUAACCAAUACACAAGCGGUCUGAUAAUCACAAGAUAUCGCACUUUCUGUAAUGUAGCAUUGAUGGACUCCAUGGUGGUGGUAAUAAUAAUAAAUAGCUGAUUAAAUUCAUUGAAAAAUUACUUUUUUUUUUGUGAACUGGAUAAAAAUCAGGUUUAAAAACAAACUUUCCAGCACAUGCUGUUUAUUGUACAUGUCAAAUAUUGGGAUUAUUUUAUUUUAUUUUUUAAAUAAUAAUUUUUGCCACACACAAACAGUUCUUGUCAUUUACACCCCCUGGACAUGUGGAUGUUUUCUAAAACACUGUUGAAUCUUUGUAUUUUGUCUGUAAUUACUGAUGGGAACUCAUGGUAUCACCACUGUGGUUUAAAUAUAAUUUUUUAAAAACCUGUUAAAUGUUUUCUUUUUCCUUCAUGUUCCCCGCCGAAAGAGAUGGGCCGACGAUGAAGCGAAUGAAUCACACACCCGAGCUCAAAAGCACACUAGAUUAUUUUAUUAGUUUUCGAUUUUCUAAUAAGGAACACUACAAUUCUCAUAUUUCCUUUGUUUUGUGUUUUUUUUUUUUCUUUUUCUCUUACUAGAACAGUUCUAAAGUUGAGGUAUAAAAGGAGUUCAUAGCAGACUAACAAGUCUGAAAAUGGCAGGGUUUUAUAUACAAGAGAAAUGGAGAGAACAGAACAGAGGUAAGGGAGAGGUAGAGAAAAGGAGGAGUGAUGAAUACAGAAGAGGAAAAGA